AUGAUGGUGCCGUCGGAGGCCGAGCCGUCGUCGUCCCCGCCGCAACCCAAGCGGCUCUACCAGAGCUGGAAAGGGAACAACGUACGUACAUGCUUGCUCGACUCCCCUCUUCGCCGCCUUCUCCGUGCCGUGGUCAGAGAGCUUUGGCGCGCCAUGGGAGCCGUGCAGCUAAAUCAGGGAUUCAUGAAAGCUGCAGGUUUCGUGCCCCAGGUAUUCCUGUGCGGCGGACGGCUUAUACUCGGGCCGGACGCAGCCUCCCUGCUGCUGUCAUCGUUCCUCGUCGCCGGCCCAGCCAUCGUCUUCUGCUACCAGAUGCAGUCCAAGUUCUUCCGCUCCAACGGGCAACCACACAUGCACCGGGCUGCGCUACUGAUUGUUAUCAUCACAACACUAAUGGACCUGUUCUUCCUGUUCAUGACAUCGGCCAGGGACCCAGGAAUAGUGCCACGGAACACAAGAGCCCCGCCGCCUGAAGCUGAUGAACGGAACCUCCCUGCCACGCCAUCUAUGGAGUGGAGCGUCGGGGGCACCCCACGGAUGAGGUUUCGCCGGACCAAGGAUGUCAACGUGAAUGGCUUCACGGUGAAGCUCAAGUUUUGCGAGACCUGCCUCAGGUACCGCCCGCCACGAUCCUCGCACUGCUCCAUCUGCAACAACUGCGUCCAGAAGUUUGAUCACCACUGCCCAUGGGUUGGCCAGUGCAUUGGACUCAGAAACUAUCGCUACUUCUUUCUAUUCAUCGCCACAUCGACAUUCCUGUGCAUAUCCGUCUUAAUCUUUUCAUGGUUGAAUGUCCACGGCGAAAUGCAAGACAACGGCGGCUCUAUCUGGAAGGCCUUGCGCAAGGAAGUCUACUCUUUUGUGCUAAUCAUCUAUACUUCAAUUGUUGUAUGGUUCGUCGGUGGCCUAACAGUAUUGCAUCUCUAUCUGAUCAGUACUAAUCAGGGACAGGAAAAUACAACAUACGAAAACUUCAGAUACAAUUAUGACAAGAAGGAUAACCCUUACCGAAAGAGCAUUACAAAAAACUUUGCCGAAGUGUUCUUCACCAAGAUCCCUCCUCCACUGAACGACUUUCGAUCACAUGUAGGUGAGGGUGCACUGGAAGCUGGGUUCUACACUCCAUAUAUUGGGUUGGACGUGACCAAUACAAGGGAAAAGAUUGAUACAGAUAUGCGAGAGAAAGAAGUACUCGUAGGGGGGAUACAGAUUCCAACAGUAUUGCAGAAUAUAGACUAUGGUUCCUUUGAAGAUGGUUUUUAUGACAAGAACAGGAACAAUGGCAACAAAACAGUGGCUUUUGCUCCAGCUUGGGCACAAAAAGGAAGUGAAGAUGCUGGAACAUCUGCAGCAGCUACCACAGCAUGCAAGGAAGAAACUAGUGAGGACGAUGCUAAGGAAAUUACUAAUUCAAAUACAAGUUCCGCACGGACAUCUACAGAAGCCAACACGAUAUCUGAGGAUGAAAUAGUUCAGGACGAUGCUAAAGAAAGUAACACCCCAGAUAGAAGUCCCGCCCAGUCCUUGAAAGACAUGAGCUGA